GAUCUAAACGAUGUAUUAUAUAGAGGAUUUCUAAUAUGAUCAUUUCAAACUUCACGUCAUACUCUCUAUUUAAUAUUAAUAAUUUCAUAUUUUCUUUGAAUAAAAGAUUGAUAUCAUAAUUAAGAAGAUUCGAGUCAAUACGUUCUUUAAUCUGUUUAGUAAAACAAUUUACAACAUCUGCAUUAUGGAAUUCGCAAGGUCUCGGGCACCCACAUGUGAAAUUCUAACGACCGUUCUAACUAUUAGACUCGCUCUUGAAUAAUCUCGCCUUGCGACGACGCAGUUCGCUCAUGCAAAUCGAGCGCACGCGUUUACUACAACGAACGUAAGGUACCGCCUUCGGACAAACCGCGAAACAUCGAGAAGACGUGUAUGUCGUCUCCCCCCCAUCCUCUCCCCCUUUCCCACUUGGAGAAACGUUUCGCAAAAAUGGUCGUUCAGUGUAGAUAAUCUUAUUUUUCAAGAUUUUCUUCUCGCGGUGUUUUUGUUUUAUAUUCGGUGAUAAUUAGUUCGUCAAGUUUUGAUUUAUGAAUAUCAAUGAUUUAGACUAGUUAUUGUUAAAUUUCUUAAAUAUGCAUUGUUGUAUAAAAUUAAAAUCGUCGAUUACAUAUCGAUUAGAUAUAUAAUAGAUUUGUAUCAGUUCUAUUUUGAAGAAUUUAAACGAUAAAGAAAUUAAAAUAAUUUGUUCGAUUUAAUAUGAAACUUUUAUCUCGUAAAGACGAAUCUUAUUUUGAAUCGUCAUAAUUCUUCGAAAGGCAAGAAUCGUAAUGCGAUCUUAUAGAUGGUAAUCGUAUACCGUUUUAUACACUUGUGUCAGUUUUCCGAAAGUAUAUACCUUUUCCUAGAUAUCAAAUGCAUAAUAUAUUUUCGAUCAUCAAGGUGAACUAGUAUCUGUGGAUUACCUUAUGUGGGUGUCAAAGAAAAACUUGGUAACUCAAUAAGUCUAUUGUGUAUGUUCCAUAAACUAUUCAACAAGGCGAAUUCAUCAAUGAUAAUGGAUUUUCAAUAAAGUCCAUAGAUAUGUCGAAAGUUCAACUUCUCUGUACACAUAUUUUUUCUCUUACGUUAAAACUAUUAGAGUGCACUUAGACAUAUUUUUCUUCUUAACCCGAAGAAACCAAAGUCAUUCGUGCAUUCGAUAAAGUGAGUUCAUAAAGCGAGAGGCUCCGUGGUUCGCUGAUUUUAAGCGACGUACUACGUGCUAGGCUAUAUAAAAGAAGUCUUUGUAUAAAGAAUAUAUAAGAACUACAUUCGUAUGCAGUUUAUUCAUAUGUCAAGAGAAGUGCAGCUCCAUCUCGUUGCACACGAAGUCGAUUAUAGUAGAAAUCUGUAGAUACAUUUGUGUAUUACUUGACACGAAGGUUACCAAUUAAAUGCCACUGAGAGGUAAUAUUCUGUAAUUAAGGUCGUCGAUAAAGUAGAAAGGUAAAGUCAACAAAUUCCCCCCUUCCCUUCCUCCUCUUUCUCUCUCUCUCUCUCUCUCUCUCUUUCUCUCUCUGUCUUUCUCUAAACAUUACAUUGCUAUUUUGUUGAAUACACGAAGAUCAGGUAUAUCUAUGAGGAUACAUCGAAUGACAUAAUGUUAGCUUGUUUGCUUGAACUCCUGAGUCACCGACAUUUUGGUCCAUAAACGUAAUCGAGCUGAUCACGUUGCUUGCUUAUCGCUAUGAAAUUUAUCUUCCUCAGUAAACUUAGUGAAAGUGACGUACGCGUGUAUCUACAUAACGUAGACUUGAUAGAUAUUGAGAUGAGUUUAAGUUGAAGAAGGUCAAGGUCAACAGAGGUGCAUCUUCCUAGUCGCAAGGAAGAAUAACUCGGUGAGAUCGCAUUAAGAUCGAGAGUGAGUUUUCAGAACUUUUGAUUCGAUCUCCCGAUAUGUCAAGGUCAAGGAAACGAAAUUCUCUGUCGUGGAUUUACCGCGACAAAGCCAUAAGGUUUGACCUAAUAUGGAGCUAUCAGCUUUACGAAUGCCUUCGGCUGGUGGGGAUCUGUAUGGAGAGUUCCUUUGAGGCUCUGGGUCUCUCUCACUCUGGAGGCCAGCAGUGCCUCACCGGACGUGUCUUAAGCAGCACACGCGUUUUCAUGUAACCGUGAACGCGUUUACAUCACGCCGAGCGUGUCACGAUUACCGCAACGCGAUGCAACUCGUUCGUUAACCGGAAAGACGAUAAACGUAUACUGGCCCAAGUUCACAAGAUCAAGCCAGUCUGACUAUUGACUUCCUCUUGGUGUAAAAGUUUCACGGAGGACGGAUUAAAAGUAGCGAUUAUGUCGAGCAUACAUCAGCAAGCCGCAAUACGUCGGCUUGAGGAACUCUUCAGGGAUAUAAAACUCGAACAACAACAGAAUAAUCCUGAAUUAUUUAAAAUAGAGAUGAAAAUUGACAGAUGCUGCGACGUGCACGGAAAGCAUGCGAAGGAGAAUUGUUGGAAUCGUCGUGGUUCAAUAGGUAGCAUACAUCAGACCAGAAGAGACUCCCUCGGCCGUCGAGAUGGAAAUUCGCCAAAUAGAAGAAGUUCUUUGGGAUUGCCGAUGUCUCCACCGAAAAAGGAACUCCAUCCUUCAACCUUUCCCAAUACGUUACGAAAAAAUCCUUUAGUUGUUUCAACUGGUGCUAUUAAUCAUUCCAGAAAGGAAUCGCAUUAUAAUACGAUAGCUGGACCAAGCCUUAGAAGAGAUCCUAUCGGUAGAUCGAUGGGUUGCUUGAAAAAGGACACUGCAUUGAAUUAUAAUUCACCUUUGAGACGAGAUUACGUAGCUAAGUCAAUGACAAGUCUUCAAAGGGCCGGUCGUCGUCGAGAUUCCACUCAAAACUUAUCCAAUUUAUUUGCCAAUGAUUCCCAAUCGAUUUCUAAAACUGAACUCGCUUCAUCGAGUAAAGAUCAUUCGAAGAAUAAAAGCAUCUCCAGUGGAAAUCUUAAGAGUUGUCUUGCCGGCUCCAGUGGAAAUCUUCGAAGCAAUCUUAAUGUAACCUUGAGCCGUGACCUCUCGCUCAGUACCAACGGGAUUUCAAAGAAGGACGGCAAAACGACGUCGACUAUACCGAUAACUCUUCCUGGCAGAAGGAGUUCCUUCGAUAGGAGAAAAUUAUCGACGGAUUCUUUGGAUAACUCUAAGAGAAACUCGUGGGAUCCAGGUCGUAGAGGUUCUUCCGGAUCGUCCGGGGGUUGGGAUGAUCCAAUUUGGGAAGAAGGAACACAGGAUAGUGAUCAGGAGUCACGCUUGAGCUCAUUGUCUUCGUCGUUUCCCACGAGGGACAGAAGAAAACUUCUUGAAUCUUUGAAAAGGGAGAAAAAGAGAGGGGGACCGACCACGAUCCUUCUACUUAUGUUAGUGGUUAGAUAAAAUUUAUCGGACCUUGUUAGGAAGUUCUCUUCAGGAGUGGAGUAUUGAACGUGGGAAAGCUAGAUUAUCCGUUAUCGCCUACGUCGUUGAACGUUUGGACAUAGACAUUUAUUUAUAUAUGUACGUACGUAUAUAUAUUUUACAAGCGUAGAUCAAAGAUUUCUUUUGGAACUAUUCCUUAAGUAAGAUAUUGCCAAAAAAAAAAAAGAAAAGAAAAAGAUAAAAGCGAAUGACAUAAACCAA